AACAGCACCACCAAAGACAAGGUAACGAUGACCAUCAACACCACCCAUAACUGCACCGAGCCCCAGAGUAACCUUAUUUUCGUGGGGGUCUACGCCAUUGUCUUCACCGUCGGCCUCUUCCUCAACGUCACAGGUACAGGGAGAGAGCAUACUCAACUCUUACCCUCUUACAUAAAGAAAUAAAAGGGUGCUUGGAGCCAACAAUCUAUCACAUCAAAAAUGAAGCCUCCUCAGGCCAUAUGUAUCAAGCGUCUCAGAAUAGAUCUACUGUAGGAUCAGGCCCUCCCCAUCCAUGUAAUCUUAUUCAUUGUGAUCUGAAUGUCACACCCUGGCUCUGGGGACUCUAAUAUGUUGAGCCAGGGUGUGUAGAGUCUAUGUGUGUUGUUCUAUGUUCUCAUUCUAGUCAUUUGUGUUUCUAUGUUGGCCGGUGUGGUUCUCAAUCAGAGGCAACGUGAAUCAGCUGUUGCUUGUUGUCUCUGAUUGGGAACCAUACUUAGUCAGCCUGUUUCCCACAAUGUGUUGUGGGAUCUUGUUCCGUGUUGGUUUAUGUUUGUUAACCAAGGACUUCACGUUAUCGUUUGUUGUUUUGUUCGUGUUGGAAUCAUUAAAUAAAUAAGUAUGUUUGCAAAUAACGCUGCGCGUUGGUCCUCCUCCUUCGACGACCGUGACAGAAGAUCCCACCAAUAUAGGACCAAGCAGCGUGCCCAGGAGCAGACAGCCUGGACGUGGGAGCAGAUAUUGGACGGGCAGGUGUCCUGGACCUGGGAGGAAAUCCAGGCCGGGAUGGAUCGCCGUCCGUGGGAGGAGACGGUGGAGGCGCGCCGGAGAGAGGAGCAACGGCGUCAACAGUGUCGUCGUCGGAUGGACGAGAGGCAACCCCCAAAUUUUUUUAGGGGGGGGCACACGGCAUGGGCGACGGGGCAGCAGGAGGCAGCCACAGGGCGUAUUGGGAGGUUAGGAGAGGAGGCCACCAGGUUAAGGGGGCUAUUGGUAAGGAGAGAGCAGGAGUUAGUGGGUCAGAGGGAGGAGCUACUGGAUGCUAGAAGGGAGAAGGAGAGACUAGAGGCAAGACGAGAGGAACUGAGUAGGCAGCUGAGGGAGCGGAGGGUUAUGAAGAAACCCAGUCCCGCUCCUCACACCAAGCAAGUGGUGUGUGUCACCAGUCCGGUCCGGCCCGUUACUGCUCCCCGCACUAAGUUAGUAGUGCGUGUUCCCAGUCCGGCCCGACCCGUUCCUGCUCCCCGCACAAAGUUAGUAGUGCGUGUUCCCAGUCCGGCCCGACCCGUUCCUGCUCCCCGCACUAAGUUAGUAGUGCGUGUUCCCAGUCCGGCCCGACCCGUUCCUGCUCCCUGCACUAAGUUAGUAGUGCGUGUUCCCAGUCCGGCCCGACCCGUUCCUGCUCCCCGCACUAAGUUAGUAGUGCGUGUUCCCAGUCCGGCCCGACCCGUUCCUGCUCCCCGCACUAAGUUAGUAGUGCGUGUUCCCAGCCCGGCCCGGCCUGUUCCUGCUCCCCGCACCAAGCCUAUGAUGUGCGUCGCCAGCCCGGUCCGGCCCGUUCCUGCCACUCGCACCAAGCCUACGGUGCGCGUCGCCAGCCCGGCCCGGCCUGUUCCUGCCACUCGCACCAAGCCUACGGUGCGCGUCGUCAGCCCGGUCCGGCCUGUUCCUGCUCCCCGCACCAAGCCAAUGGUGCGCGUCGUCAGCCCGGUCCGGCCCGUUCCUGCUCCGCGCACCAAGCCAGGGGUGCGCAUCGUCAGCCCGGUCCGGCCCGUUCCUGCUCCCCGCACCAAGCCAAUGGUGCGCGUCGUCAGCCCGGUCCGGCCCGUUCCUGCUCCCCGCACCAAGCCUAUGGUGUGCGUCGCCAGCCCGGCCCGGCCUGUUCCAGCUCCACGCACCAAGCCAGGGGUGCGCGUCGUCAGCCCGGUCCGGCCCGUUCCUGUUCCCCGCACCAAGCCAAUGGUGCGCGUCGUCAGCCCGGUCCGGCCUGUUCCUGCUCCCCGCACCAAGCCAAUGGUGCGCGUCGUCAGCCCGGUCCGGCCCGUUCCUGCUCCACGCACCAAGCCAGGGGUGCGCAUCAUCAGCCCGGUCCGGCCCGUUCCUGCUCCCCGCACCAAGCCAAUGGUGCGCGUCGUCAGCCCGGUCCGGCCUGUUCCUGCUCCCCGCACCAAGCCAAUGGUGCGCGUCGUCAGCCCGGUCCGGCCCGUUCCUGCUCCACGCACCAAGCCAGGGGUGCGCAUCGUCAGCCCAGUCCGGCCCAGUCCUGCUCCCCGCACCAAGCCUGUGGUGCGCAUCGUCAGUCCGGCACAACCCAUGCCUGGGUCACCGGUACCUGGUCAGGUACCGGUCAGCUGCUCCACAUCGAAGUCCAAGCAAUCCACUCCACUGAUGUCCAGUCCAGCAACCAGCCAGCGGGGCCAGACCGGACCAGGGGUGCUACGGGGGGAUAGUUGAGGGGUGGUGGUCAUGCCCGGAGCCGGAUCCACCUCCGAGGAGGAAUGCCCACCCAGCCCUCCCCUGUUCGGUUAUGUUUGGCGCGGUCGCAGUCCGCGCCUUUGGGGGGGGGGUACUGUCACACCCUGGCUCUGGGGACUCUAAUAUGUUGAGCCAGGGUGUGUAGAGUUUAUGUGUGUUGUUCUAUGUUCUCAUUCUAGUCAUUUGUGUUUCUAUGUUGGCCGGUGUGGUUCUCAAUCAGAGGCAACGUGAAUCAGCUGUUGCUUGUUGUCUCUGAUUGGGAACCAUACUUAGUCAGCCUGUUUCCCACAAUGUGUUGUGGGAUCUUGUUCCGUGUUGGUUUAUGUUUGUUAACCAAGGACUUCACGUUAUCGUUUGUUGUUUUGUUCGUGUUGGAAUCAUUAAAUAAAUAAGUAUGUUUGCAAAUAACGCUGCGCGUUGGUCCUCCUCCUUCGACGACCGUGACACUGAAAGGCAAAACGGAUCCUUAAUCAGCCCUCCUUCUCUGAGACACUUGAUACAGUGCAUUUGGAAAAUAUUCAGACCCCUUGACUUUUUCCACAUUUUGUUACAGCCUUAUUCUGAAAUUGAUUAAAUUGUUUUUUGUCCUCAUCAAUCUACACGCAAUACCCCAUAAUGACAAAGCAAAAACAGGUUUUUGGAUUUUUUUGCAAAUGUAUUAAAAAUAAAAAAUGAAAAUAUCACAUUUACAUAAGUAGUCAGACCAAUUACUCAGUACUUUGUUGAAGCAACUUUGGCAGCGAUUACAGCCUCGAGUCUUCUUGGGUAUGACGCUACAAGCUUGGCAAACCUGUAUUUGGGGAGUUUCUCCCAUUUGUCUCUGCAGAUCCUCUCAAGCUCUGUCAGGUUGGAUGGGGAGCGUUGCUGCACAGCUAUUUUCAGGUCUCAGCUUUGCACACUCUUGGCAUUCUCUCAACCAGCUUCAUGAGGUAGUCACCUGCAUUGCAUUUCAAUUAACAGGUGUGCCUUCUUAAAAGUUGGUGGAAUUUCUUUCCUUCGUAAUGCGUUUGAGCCAAUCAGUUGUGUUGUGACAAGGUAGGGGGGGUAUACAGAAGAUAGCCCUAUUUGGUAAAAGACCAAGUCCAUAUUAUGGCAAGAACAGCUCAAAUAAGCAAAGAGAAAUGACAGUCCAUCAUUACUUUAAGACAUGAAGGUCAGUCAAUACGGAACAUUUCAAUAACUUUGAAAGUUUCUUCAAGUGCAGUCGCAAAAACCAUCAAGCGCUAUGAUGAAACGGGCUCUCAUGAGGACCGCCACAGGAAUGGAAGACCCAGAUAUAGCUCUAAUGCAGAGGAUAAGUUCAUUAGAGUUACCAGCCUCAGAAAUUGCAGCCCAUAUAAGUGCUUCACAGUUCAAAAAAAUAAGCUGGUUGAGAGAAUUGCAAGCGUGUGCAAAGCUGUCAUCAAGGCAAAGGGUGGCUAUUUGAAGAAUCUCAAAUAUAAAAUAUUUGUUUAUUUGUUUAACACUUUUUGGGUUACUACAUGAAAAAACUCCAGAAAAACGCAUGUCAAAAAUGUUAUAAAUUGAUUUUAAUGAGGGAAAUAAGUAUUUGACCCCCUCUCAAUCAGAAAGAUUUCUGGCUCCCAGGUGUCUUUUAUACAGGUAACGAGCUGAGAUUAGGAGCACACUCUUAAAGGGAGUGCUCCUAAUCUCAGCUUGUUACCUGUAUAAAAGACACCUGUCCACAGAAGCAAUCAAUCAACCAGAUUCCAAACUCUCCACCAUGGCCAAGACCAAAGAGCUCUCCAAGGAUGUCAGGGACAAGAUUGUAGACCUACACAAGGCUGGAAUGGGCUACAAGACUACCGCCAAGCAGCUUGGUGAGAAGGUGACAACAGUUGGUGCGAUUAUUCCCAAAUGGAAGAAACACAAAAGAACUGUCAAUCUCCCUCGGCCUGGGGCUCCAUGCAAGAUCUCACCUCGUGGAGUUGCAAUGAUCAUGAGAACGGUGAGGAAUCAGCCCAGAACUACACGGGAGAAUCUUGUCAAUGAUCUCAAGGCAGCUGGGACCAUAGUCACCAAGAAAACAAUUGGUAACACACUACGCCGUGAAGGACUGAAAUCCUGCAGCGCCCGCAAGGUCCCCCUGCUCAAGAAAGCACAUAUACAUGCCCGUCUGAAGUUUGCCAAUGAACAUCUGAAUGAUUCAGAGGAGAACGGGGUGAAAGUGCUGUGGUCAGAUGAGACCAAAAUGUAGCUCUUUGGCAUCAACUCAACUCGCCAUGUUUGGAGGAGGAGGAAUGCUGUCUAUGACCCCAAGAACACCAUCCCCACCGUCAAACAUGGAGGUGGAAACAUUAUGCUUUGGGGGUGUUUUUCUGCUAAGGGGACAGGACAACUUCACUGCAUCAAAGGGACGAUGGACGGGGCCAUGUACCGUCAAAUCUUGGGUGAGAACCUCCUUCCCUCAGCCAGGGCAUUGAAAAUGGGUCGUGGAUGGGUAUUCCAGCAUGACAAUGACCCAAAACACACGGCCAAGGCAACAAAGGAGUGGCUCAAGAAGAAGCACAUUAAGGUCCUGGAGUGGCCUAGCCAGUCUCCAGACCUUAAUCCCAUAGAAAAUCUGUGGAGGGAGCUGAAGGUUCGAGUUGCCAAAUGUCAGCCUCGAAACCUUAAUGACUUGGAGAAGAUCUGCAAAGAGGAGUGGGACAAAAUCCCUCCUGAGAUGUGUGCAAACCUGGUGGCCAACUACAAGAAACGUCUGACCUCUGUGAUUGCCAACAAGGGUUUUGCCACCAAGUACUAAGUCAUGUUUUGCAGAGGGGUCAAAUACUUAUUUCCCUCAUUCAAAUGCAAAUCAAUAUAUAACAUUUUUGCCAUGGGUUUUUCUGGAUUUUUUUUGUUCAAAUAAACCUACCAUUAAAAUUAUAGACUGAUCAUGUCUUUGUCAGUGGGCAAACGUACAAAAUCAGCAGGGGAUCAAAUACUUUUUUUCCCUCACAGUGUGACUAAAGAGUUAAUCAGGGUGAUUUUUCCACAAAUAGACAUGCAUUUUCCUUUCCAUGGUAGCAAGAUCUUAUCUAUUUUUGCUAACUUUCUAUUAAAAUGUAUUGUAGUGAGAUCAUUUAUUUCUGGAUAUGAAUACAGAGUAUUUCCACAUCACCAUCAGACCAUUUUAUUGGUAAACUACACAGUAAUGUAAAAGUUCUAUUUUUUAGUGAUCCAAUACGUAAUAUAAUAGUACACUUAUCAUAAUUUGGUUGUAAUCCAGAGAGGUUAGAAAAAGUAUCUAGAUCCUCUACGAGGCUGUGGAGAGAUCCAAAUUGUGGAUUUAAAAGAAAAACUUUGUUUUUAAGCCCUGGAUUUCUAGUCCCUUGAUAUUAUUGUUAGAUCUGAUUUUAAUAGCAAAAAUGUCGUUGCCCAUAAUAAAUAGAUAUGCCGAUAGUGGACAACCUUGUUUUACUCCUCUUGACAGUUUAAUACUUUCUGAGAAGUAGCCAUUAUUUCAUAUUUUACACGUAGGGCUACUAUACAUAACUUUAACCCAUUGUAUAAGAGAUUCUCCAAAAUUGAAAUAUUCCAGGCAUUUAUUAAUACAUUUGAGUCAUGCUUUAUCAAAAGCCUUUUCAAAGUCAGCUAUAUGAAUACCAGGCCUGGUCCCAGAUUUUUCAUAGUGCUAUAUUGUUUCCAGUACUUGUCUUAUAUUUUCUCCAAUAUAUCGACCAUGUAAAGAACCUGUCUGAUUAGGAUGAAUAAUAUCCGACAAUACCUUUUUAAUUCUAUCCGCUAUGCAUUUAGCUAUAAUUUUUGCAUCACAACACUGAAGUGUAAGGGGCCUCCAUUUUUUUUAAUGGACUGGAUCUUUGUAUUUACCACUUGGGUCCUGUUUCAGUAAUAAUGAAAUCAGACCAUAUUGUUGAGUAUCUGAUAAUCUACCAUUUAUAUGGAAGUGGUUAAAACAUGCUAAUAAAGGUUCUCUGCGUACAUCAAAAUAGGUUUGGUAUACCUCAACUGGUAUGCCAUCCAGCCCAGGAGUUUUCACCGACUUAAAGGCUUUAAUUGCAUCAAGAAGUUCCUCCUCUGUAAUUUGGCCUUCACAUGAGUCUUUCUGUACAGCUGUUAAUUUUACAUUAUUAAUAGAAAAAACUCCAUACAAUUAACUUUGGUUAGUGGAGAUGGAGGAGACUGAUACGAAAACAUGCUUAAAGUACUUUGCUUCCUCUUUCAAAAUAUUGUUUGGUGAAUCAUGGGUGACUCCGUCAUUUGUAACAAGUUUUAGUACAUUCUUUUUGGUGGCAUUUCUAUGUUGAAGAUUUAAAAAUAAUUUGUUGCAUUUUUCCCCAUAUUCCAUCCAGUUCACUUUAUUUUAUAAUAUAUUACAUUUGAUCUUUCUUGAAUAAGUUCCUCCAUUUCUUUUUGUUUUUCCUCUAACUUAUUCUGUGCCUCUAUGGUACCGUUUUAUUUGCUAUCUAUCUGUACUGUUAGUCCUUCUAUUUCCUUCGUUAAUAUGAACUCUUUUGACCUAAAUUGCUUUUGUUUUAAAGAUGAGUUUUAAAUUGCAUGGCCUCUAAUGGCACAUUUAAAAGUGUCCCAUACAAUAAGAGGAUUUGCUGUACCUAUGUUAUGUUGGAAAACGUCAGUUAUAAAAUCUUCUGUCCUGGUUAAAAACAAGUUAUCAUCCAAUAGGCUUUGAUUAAAUGUCCAAUAUCCUCUCCCACAUGGAAAUUCUGUAAGACUAAUGUAUAUGCCAAUUAUUUGAUGGUCCGACCGCAUUCUGUCCCCUAUCAACACUUUUUUUCAGAGGAUUGUUUGUCUAGAAAGAAAAAUAGGGAGAGCCAACUAAAGGCGUUAACCCUCCGCAUCUAUCUAUUAUUAUCCAGACCAACUGGAGCACUGGCCAGCCACUCUUAAAUAGCACCUGGGCCAGCACAGGUGAAACACAUUCCGACUAACAUGAUGGACAAGCCUGCACAGGUGUAACACAUACUGACUAACGUGGUGACACCAAUCGGUGCACCCCACAUGCUAACGUCCUAACGUGCUAAAGUCCAACCUUGAAAUGUAAAUGGGAAAACCAAAGCCUGUAACAAUACGACCCCAGCACUCACUUAAGUUGCAAUUGAAGCUUUGUUUUCAUUUUCAAUGUUCAACCUUACAGCCCUGGUAGUCUUCUUCUGCUAUACCAAGUUGCGGUCCCACACCACUGUCUACAUGACAAACCUGGCCAUCGCAGACCUCCUCCUGGUCCUCACUCUGCCCCUGAGAAUCUACUACCAUCUGGGCUUGUCCGGGUUACCUCAGAUCUUGUGUGAAGGUAAUGGCUGGCUCGGUGUUGUUAACAGGGUUGGGGUCUAUAAUGUGUCAAUUUAGUCAAGUAAAUUCUUCUUCUUCUUCUUCUUCAUUCAUUAAUUCAUUCCAGGGAUGGGCCUGGUUCUUCUGGCCAACAUGUAUGGCAGCAUAUUCCUCCUCACCUGCAUGUGUUUCGACCGCUGCAUGGCCGUGUGCCUACCCAUGUCGUCCUGGGUCCAGGAGGGGCGUAAGAAAGCUCCGCUGGUCUGCCUUGGGGUGUGGCUGCUCACCGCCGGCGCCAGCCUCCCCAUCUACAUCUCCAAACGCAGGUAUAGGAAACAACUAGGGCCAAGAGUUUUUCCUGGUCAGGUUAACAUGAGUGCUGAUGUAUGGGGGGGGGGGGGGGGGGGGGGGGGGCUGAUCCUAGUUCAGCACUUCUGCUCUGAGACACUUUAUGAAUACAGGCCCUGGUCAGAGAGAACUCCUGGCCCUAUAACAUCAUGUCAGUCCUAACACUGUUUUAAUUCCUAUAUCCUCUGAUAUUCUCUCUCUCUCUCUCUCUCUCUCUCUCUCUCUCUCUCUCUCCCUAUCUGUACCCUUUUUUCUCUCUCUUUCUCUCCCUCUCUCUCCCUCUCUCUUUAGAGAGGCAUCCAAUGACAUCCAGGAGGUCAAUUGUUUCGGGAACCUCCCAGUCUACGCCAUUCAGCCCAUGGCGGUCGCCUCAACUUUAACCGUCGGCUUCGGCAUCCCCUUGGUGGUGAUGUUAGUCUGUUCCUGGGCAUUGAUCCGGGCCAUCACAAGGAGCUCCAUAGCCCAAACAGACUUAAUCGACUCUGGGAAGAUUCAGAGGAUGAUCACCAUCAGCCUGGUGAUAUUCCUCACCUGUUUCCUGCCCUACCAUGGGACUCUGGCCCUCCUCUAUGUCCAUAGGGAGGCGAUAACAUGCCCCCUUCUGGCAGCAUACCACUAUAGGUAAGUAGCUUUAGGUUUACUGUAUCUAUUUAUUUAGUACAUUUCUUGUCUGUUAUAUUUUGAUGAAUAUUACUUGUUAUUUUUUUAUGCACUUUAUGCACUUUUGUUAUUAAAAAGCUUUACAAAUGUAUUAUUAUCAUUAUUAUCAUUAGGCUUAUUAUUAUUAUUAUUAUUAUUAUUGCAGCCUAAUGGUGGCCUGUCUGAAUGCCAUGUUGGACCCACUGGCCUACUACUUCACAACAGAGACGUUCAGGAGGAAGGUGGAUAAGGAUUCUGUCAGAAAGAUGUUCCCACUCAACAGUCAGAACAGCUCUGAGGGGAACAACAGGGGAUCCAGAGGACCAGUCAAUACUUAA